AUGGAAGCAGAUCAACGUUUAGCUUACAAAAUUAUUGAAAAUGGUCACAAUGUAGUAGUUUUAGGACAGACUGGAACUGGAAAAUCUGUGUUAGUUAAAGAAACACAGAGAAGACUGAUUGCUAAAGUUUGUGUGGGUGACUUUUAUCAAUUGCCACCAGCACCAAAUGACAUGUAUUCUGAUCCAGAAAGACAUUGCUUUGAGUCACAAGUGUGGAUGAAUGUUAUUAAACACAAAAUACAACUGAAUACUGUAUUGAGACAAGAUGAGUUCCAUCUAAUUAAUGCCAUUAAUGAGUUGGAGAAAGGUAUUCCAUCUCCUGCAACAAAUGCUUUCAUGAAAAAUCUUUCACGGCCUCUACAUGAUUUACCACCGUCAAUCAACCCUACAGUUCUGUAUGGAACAAACUUUGAGGUAGACUGGCACAAUGCAUCCGAACUGGCAAAACUUCCUGGAGACAUUGUAAUGUACAAAUCCAAACUGAAAAAUAUACCUGCCAAAAGCAACUUAUGCCUGACUAAAACUUUUGUUAAUGGAAUGCAAGGCAUAGUAAAACAACUAGAUGCAGACGGACCCACCAUACAAUUUGAUAGUGGUAUUUUAAAAGUUGAGAAAACUACUUUUUCUUUAUUCAGUCCAAAAGAAAAUGUUAUUAAAGCUGAACGAUAUCAGUAUCCUAUUGCAUUUGCCUUUGCACUGACUAUUCACAAGGCUCAGGGCUUGACAUUGCAACAUUUAAUUGUUAAUUGCAACAACAUAUUUCAACCUGGACAACUCGGUGUGGCUGUUGGACGGGCAGUAAAUACAGCUGGACUACAAAAUUUGCACAACACAGAUGACAGAGUUCCAUUCCCUGACCAGCAAAAUUCGAAAGUGACGAAUGCUUUAGUGCCGAAACAAGUAAUCACUGAAGAACAAAGAAGAAUGAAGCGUCAUUUUAGAUGUACAAAACAAGUUGAAAGUGGAUAUCCUCCAGUCAUAACAACAUCAGAUGCUGAUACAGUAUCUGAAACAAAAUACCCAGACAGUUUAUCAGAGAUUUGUAGGAAACAAAAUAUGACCUUUGGUCUCACCAAUAUAUCCGAUUUAGCAUUUGAAUUUUUCUUAGCUGUAGAAAGAAAGAGAAUUCCUAUGUACAGUAUGUGUCAAGUACAAAAGUACAAAGGUAACCUUUUGCAACAUAUACAUGACAAUCUGAAUUCAGACAAACAAUUGCUAGAACAGCAUAUUCCAAUGAUCAUUCCAACAUCGAUGAUAUUGUGUUUGAAGUAG